AUGGUGGCCAACGGUCACCCGGACCGCUUCCCCACGCGCCGCGAGCUGCUCGCCGCCGGCCGGCACGACCUCGUGGCGGCGUGCCUGGCGGACGGCGGUUGGCUCAGCGCCGGCUGGGACGUGGGGGACGCGGGGGACGCGGGGACGGCGGAUGCGGGGACCGAGGAUGGGGUAAAGGGGGAUGCGCAGAAGGGGAAUACAGGGAAGGGGAAUGCGGGAGAAAAUGCAAGUGGAUGGGGGAUAACAGAGGCUAGUGGAAGACGUGGGAAUGGCAGGGAGGGUCAACCGGGAGCUGAUAGUAGAGGGAAGGGUUGGGCAGAAGGGGGAAGCGGGGAAGAGGGUGCCACGCCAAGAGGGGUUGGAGGAGGAAUGGGGUCAGUGUCAGGGGGAGGCGUGGGGAGGCCGGACGGGAGAAGCGCAGGUAGCGUGAUGCAAGGAGCAACGAGUGGGGCGACGAGUGGGGGAACGAGUGGGGGAAGGAGCGGGGCAGGGGCAGGAGCAGCGAACUGGCGAGCGGAUGUGAUGCCGGGGCUUGACACGCCCCCACAGCCCACAUCCCAAUUAUAUCCAUCUGCCCGUGCUCCUGCUCCUGCUCCUCCUUCUGCUCGUGUUCCUGCUCCUGCUCCUCCUUCUGCCCGUGUUCCUGCUUCUGCUCCUGCCCGUGUUCCUGCUCCUGCUCCCGCCUCUGCUCCACCGCCUGCCGCUCCCCCUCCCCGUCCCUCUGCCUUGGGUCCUUCGUACAGGUUCACCCCCGCCGCUGCCCCUCCCUUCUCCUCGCGUAAUUCGUUUCCAGAGCCUCUAUCCUGGGCGCUCGAGGCUUCUCACGAGGACGCGUCCUCUUCGUCAGAGGAGGAAGAAGUAUUGUCAGCUGGGGAGGGCUGGUCAGAGGAGGAGGGGGGAAGCAGCAGCGAGUGGGAGGAAUUCUCGUCGUCAUCAGAGGAUGAUUCCGGUUCAGACGAGGGCAGAGGUUCCACCGCACAGAGGGAAGGAGGCUUAGCGUCAGGCCCAGCGUCAGGCUUGCCCUCAGCGUCAGGCUUGCCCUCAGGGUCAGGCACAGGGUCAGGCUCAGAUGGGGAAGCGAGGGCGUUUACAAGCGGAGAGGGGAGCGCGUCUGAAAGCGGGGGAACGAGCACCUCAGGGUCGGACGGCGAGGGGAAGGUGUCUUCAAGUGUGGUGCAGGGCGCGCAGAUGCGCCUGUCCGCGCUCUUCCAGCAGCUGGGACUGCCCGCCAUCCAUGAUCCCACCUCAAGCUCUACCUCUAUAGGCGAUCCCACUGCAAGAGCGCCAACAAUCUCCGGUGCAAGCCCUCUGGGCAGUUCCGGUGCAAGCCCUCUGGGCAAUUCCGGUGCAAGCCCUCUGGGCAGUUCCGGUGCAGGGGCUCUGGGUUAUGCCGCUGCCGGCUCUCCCGUUGACCCUGGUGCAAGCGUGCCAAGCAGUGCGCGUGGGGGGCAGGAGAGGGGGUACGGGGUUCAGGGGAGCAAGCGUGGGGGCGAUGGGAGCAGGCAGCAGGACAGGGUGCGGGGCGGGGAGGAGAGUGGGAGCGAGAGUGAGGGCGUGAGUGAUGGUGAGGGUAGUGGAGGCGAGGAAGGGGAGGGGAGGGGUGGGAGGGAGAAGGGUGCUAGUGACCGGGGGGCAAGCAGGGCGCGGAGGGGGGGUGGGAGGAGGGGGUAUGGGAGUGGUGGAGAGGAGGGGGAGAAGCGGAAGAGGAGGAGGAGAAGGCGGCCGAGUGGGAAGAGGAGGAAAGUGGAGGAGGAGACUCUCCCUCUCGACCCUGCUGCACUGCGGCAGCAGCUGCAGGCGUUCUCAGCGGCAGCGGGGCAGGCAGGCAUCAUGCCGACACAGGAGCAGCUGAGACAAGCGGGGCGGGGGGACCUGGCAGCCGCACUCAGGCAACUGGCGAGGGAGCAGGCGGGGGGAGGGGCAUGGCGGGACGGGGAGGGGCGUGCAAAGGAGGGAGAGGAGGGGGUGCAAUGGUGGCGGAAGGGGGCGGAGGAGACGGCGGUUAUGGGGAUGGGGCCAGGGCAGGAAAUGCAGGGGAUUGAGGGGAUGGGGGGCAUGGGGAGAGUGGGCGGAGGAGGGAGGGGUGAGGCAGUACCAGCAGCAGGGCAGAGAGCAACACAGGGCGCAGGAGGGGGAGAAGGGGGAGGUGGGGAUGCGGUGGGGAGGGGCAUGGGGUGGAGUGCGGUGGCGAGGCUGAUGGGGCUGGGCAGGCGGAGGAGGGGGCGGGCAGCAGGGGGGGCGGAGGGGAAGGGAGGGGGAGCGGAUGAGGGCGAGGGUGGUAGUGAGGGGGGCGGUGUGGCAGGAGCUGUACCGGAGGAGUCAGUGGUUAUGAGCAGUCCUGUUAAGCCGCGGAGGCCAGUUGGUCGCCCUAGAAAGAACCCUCCAGCAAACCAGGGGCGAGCAGAGGAGGCAGGGAGGGGAGCAGUACAGGAGCCUGCACUGAGUGCCAGCCUGGCGAAUCUGAUGGCGUUCAGAAAGAGGCUGGAGGGGUUGGAGGCUGGUGCUGGCAGCAUAGCUGCUGUUGCAGGGACUGGUGCAGGGACUGGUGCAGGGGCAGGCACAGCUGCAGGGAUUGCUUCAGGGACAGCUGUAGGGACAGCUGCGGGGACUGGUGCAGCUCAAGAGCCCUCACAGGACCAGAUAACGCCUCCCUCUCCCCAAGCUGAGAUAGCGCCUUCUUCUCCUCAAUCCCAGAUAACACCUCCCCCACCUCUUCCCCAGAUAGCAGUUGGUGCUCAAGACGAGGUGGCACCUUCCCCAGAUGGACCUGGCGUGAGGAAGAGGAGGCGGAGGGUGGGAAGGAAAGGGAGCGAGGGUGAGGUGGGGAGGAGAGGCAGUGCAGGGAUGGGUGCUGAUGGGGCUAAUGCACCCACUGCUGAUUCUUUCACUGGGACUGGCGCUGCUGCUAGUGUGGGUACUGAUGCUGUUGGCGGUGGGUCUGCUGCUGUUGAUCUUCCAGGGGUUGGUACUGAUGAUGAGGAUGCGUCUGCUUCAGCUGCAGCCGUGCUGUCACGGCUUGUGGGUGCGUUCCCCCCAUCCCCAUCCACUUCCUCCUCGGCUCGCGGCUCCGCCUCUUCUGCUGUAGAGGCGCCAGGAACCACAGCGGGGGCGGCAGCAGAAGAAGACGCAGCACGUGAGGCACCAGCACCACCCCCUCCAGCAGCAGCAGCAGCGGCAGAUGCAGACAAGACAGGGCGUUCACCAACAGACUCGCAACGGCCAUCAGAAAACAGACCACAGAGCAAGGAACCUUCCUCACCUCCAGUGCGCAAGUUCCGGUUACCACCUCCCCCUGCUUCGCCAGUUGAGCCUCCCCCAGCUGCUGCCUUCCUCAGGCGCGACCCGGAUGAGCUGGCAGGCGUGACGGAGCGCAUCCGAUCUCUCGAGCAAUCGCUGGCUGCCACGCGUGCGGCGCUGAGGCAGGGGAGGGAGGCGCUGAGUCGGCGAGAUGCUGAGCUGGAACAGGUCAGUGCUGAGGUGGACGAUAUGCUCAGCCGCACAUUGGGCGAGCUGCUGCGGCUGACAGACUCACUAGAGUUCAGAGAGAGUGAGAUGCGCAGUCGCACAAUGGGCGAGCUGCUGCGGCUGACAGACUCACUAGAGUUCCGAGAGAGUGAGAUGCUGCGCACGCGAGCCGAGCUGCGCUCCACGCGUGCCGAGGGGGCUGAGAUGGAGAGUGAGAUGGUGCACAUGCGAGCAGAGCUGUGGUCCACGCGCGCCGAGGUGUCUGCUCUCGAAGGCAUAUUCGCUGCGGAGUUCAGGGAGACAAGGUGCGUGUUGGAGGAGAAGGAUCAGCAGCUGGGGGAGCUGCAGGUGGUGCAUGUGCAGCUGACGCCCACUCGAGUGGGAGACGAGGCGCGUGUUGGAGGAGAAGGAUCAGCAGCUGGGGGAGCUGCAGGUGGCAUACGUGCAGCUGAGGCCCACUCGGGUAGUGUGGCCCAACCCCGGGAAUGA